AUGUCUCUGGCUUCUUUGUUAAAUAAAGAGGAUAGAGAUUUCACCACACCUAUGGUAGCUACUACUAAUGGUAGUAGUACUAGUAGCACUAGUAGCACUAGUAGUAGUAGUAAUAGUAAUACUUCUACAACGCUAUCUGCAAACAAAAGUAUUUCUAACACUAAGAAGAUCAAUAAGAAACCGCUGAUACAAGAGCUUAAUAACGAUGAUGAUAUAUCCAACUCAGUUAUGGAGAAAGAUAAUGCAAUUGUUGCUGCUACUACUGAUGAUAUUGAUGAAGUGAAUGAAGAAGCUUUGAAAAAAAAAUAUUUAAAACAUUUGAAUAAUAAUUUCAAAAAACUCAUUAAUCGAGAUAAUUUAGAAUUCAAUUAUCAGAAUUGGAAAUAUAUCAAUUUACAAGAAUUCGAAUUAAUAACUGAUUGGAAUACAAUGGCUAAGGAACCUAAUGCAUUACUAACAAGUAUCGCAGAGUUGUAUCAAUUGGAAACAAAAGAAAUUGAACUUCUGGAACAAAGAUUGAAACAAGAAAGACAACGACAAUUGGAAUUGUUGAAUAACACACAAGUUACUGAUACCACUACAAUUGAUAAUAGUGCUUCAACUACAAAUGACAAGCAAGAAUCACCUGAUCGGCCAUCAACUUCAUCCUCAUCUUCUUCAUCUUCUUCAAAUAUCACUAGCGAUCAUUCUGCUACGACUACUACAACUACUAAUAAUAAUAUUCAAAAUCAUAAAAUUGAUGAUGCUGAUAACGAUGCUAAUAAUAAUCAAUCUCCUAAGAAAAUUAAUAAAGAUGAAAAUUUUGAAACGGAAAAUCAUAAAGUGAUAGAAAAUGAAGAAGAUGACGAAGAUACAAUUCAUAAUGAUGAUGAACUACCGGAAGAUGAUAUGAUUCCUCUUGAGUAUACUGACAAAGAUACUGAUGAUAAAGAUUUCCAUCCAAGCAUGACCAAAUCUCAAAUCAAUCAAAUCAAUUCUACUAAUACUUUAAAUAAAACUGUCACCAUUGAUAGUAGUCAUAAUUUAAUAUCAAAAGAAUUGUACAAGAUGGUUAAUAAAAAUAAAAUUAUUAAGAUUAGGAAAAGAAGAUUUACUAAUGCUAUCGUAACAAAUUAUCAACCAACUAAUAAAAAAAUCAUUAUUAAAAUUACUUUAAAACAAUAUCAUGUUAGAAGAUUGAAAAAAUUAAUUAAUGAUGCUAAAAAAUUAGAAGAAAAAAGAUUAUUAGAAUUAGAAUUAAAAUUAGAAAAGGAAAGAAAGGAAAAAUUAAAAUUAGAAAAAUUAGCUGAAGUACAAAAGGCCAAAGAAUUGGCAGAAUUAAAUAAGAAUAGUAAGAAUAAAAAUAAAAAUUCUGAAAUUGAUAAUGAUGAUGAUACUAAUAGUAACAAUAAUCUAAAUAACAAUGAUUCAAGGAAAAGAAAAUUCGUUGAUUCAGAUGGCGAAGGUAUGGAAGGUGAAAAUGGCAACAAUAGUAUUGCUGGAAAUUCAGAAGGUGAAGAAAAUGAUGAUGAAUAUUCAAGUAUGAAAAGAAAAUUAUUUAAAUUGGAUUUACCUGAUUAUGGUAUGAAUUUAAAUGUUAAAGAAGCUAAAGCAAUUCAAAGACAUUAUAAUAAUACUUAUAUUUCUAUCUGGAAAGAUAUGGCUCGUAAGGAUUCUUCAAAGAUGUCUAAAUUGAUGCAACAAAUACAAUCAAUUAGAUCAACAAAUUUCAGGAAGACUUCUGCGUUAUGUGCAAGAGAAUCAAAAAAAUGGCAAGCAAGAAAUUUUAAACAAUUAAAAGAUUUCCAAACAAGAGCAAGAAGAGGUAUUAGAGAAAUGUCAAAUUAUUGGAAGAAGAAUGAAAAAGAAGAAAGAGAUUUAAAGAAAAAGGCUGAAAAGGAAGCCCUAGAAUUAGCAAGAAAGGAGGAAGAAGUUAGGGAAAAUAAAAGACAAACUAAAAAAUUGAAUUUCUUAUUAACACAGACUGAAUUAUAUUCACAUUUCAUUGGUAAAAAAAUUAAAACUGAUGAAUUGGAAGGAAAUGAUGGUAAUAAAACUGAAAGCUCAACAUCUGACCAUGAUCAUGUUGAUCUAGAGAAUACAGAUUCGAUUAAAACGGAUUUUAAAUCAAUUGAUUUCGAUAAUGAAGAUGAUAACGAAUUACGUGUCAAAGCUGCUCAAAAUGCAUCGAAUGCUCUUAGAGAAUCAAGAGAAAAGACAAGAUUAUUUGAUUCAAAUACAGAAAAUUCAAUGGCUAAAUCUACAGAGGGCACAAAUACAACUCAUGUUGAAGGAGAAGAUGAAGAUGAAGAUUUAAAUUUCCAAAACCCUACUUCCUUAGGUGAUAUUAAUAUUGAACAACCAAAUAUAUUAGCUUGUACUUUAAAAGAAUAUCAAUUGAAAGGUUUGAAUUGGUUGGCUAAUUUAUAUGAUCAAGGUAUUAAUGGUAUUUUGGCAGAUGAAAUGGGUCUAGGUAAGACUGUUCAAUCUAUUUCAGUAUUAGCACACUUGGCAGAACGUUAUAAUAUUUGGGGUCCAUUUUUGGUUGUUACUCCAGCAUCAACUUUACAUAAUUGGGUUAAUGAAAUUACAAAAUUUGUGCCUCAAUUUAAAAUCUUGCCUUAUUGGGGGAAUGCUAAUGAUCGUAAGACUUUAAGAAAAUUUUGGGAUAGAAAAAAUCUAAGAUAUAAGAAAGAAUCUCCCUUUCAUGUUAUGAUUACAUCUUAUCAAAUGGUAGUAUCAGAUGCAUCUUAUUUACAAAAGAUGAAAUGGCAAUAUAUGAUUUUGGAUGAAGCACAAGCUAUUAAAUCGUCUCAAUCGUCUCGUUGGAAAAAUCUAUUAAGUUUCCACUGUCGUAAUAGAUUAUUAUUAACUGGUACUCCAAUUCAAAACAACAUGCAAGAAUUAUGGGCUCUAUUACAUUUCAUUAUGCCUUCAUUGUUUGAUUCCCAUGAUGAAUUUAAUGAAUGGUUCUCGAAGGAUAUUGAGUCUCACGCAGAAACUAAUACUCAAUUGAAUCAACAACAGUUACGUCGUUUACAUAUGAUCUUAAAACCUUUCAUGUUAAGACGUAUUAAAAAGAAUGUUCAAUCAGAAUUAGGUGAUAAAAUUGAAAUUGAUUUACUAUGUGAUUUAACUCAAAGACAAGAAAAAUUAUACAAAGUAUUAAAAUCUCAAGUUUCAUCCACAUAUGAUGCAAUUGAAGACGCCGCUGGUAACGAUGAAUUGAUUGCUGAUCAAAGUUUGGUUAAUACAGUUAUGCAAUUUAGAAAAGUUUGUAAUCAUCCAGAUCUUUUCGAAAGAGCUGAUAUUGCGUCACCAUUUUCUUUUGUGAAUUUUGGUAAAACUCAUUCUCUAACUAGAGAAGAUAAAGUCUCGGAUAUAUUAUACUCAACACAUAAUCCUAUCAGCUAUUAUAUGCCAAGACUAAUUUUUGAAGAUAUUUUAUUGCCUAAUUUCAAAAAUGAUUUAGAAAUAAGAGACAAACUACUAAAUUACAAAUUUAAUGUCUUCCAUCAACCUGGUAAUAGUGAAUUAUCCAACUCAUUACUAGUUAAUUUAAAGAGAUUAACUGGAUUAGAUUCUAAUGAAUGCUCACGGUUUGCCCAUACACCAAUUUUCAUGAAGGCUAUAGACCUUCUAAGAGAUGAAGAAACAUUCCCUGAGAAAUUAAUGAUUUAUGAUAAUGAGUAUGAAGACGAAUCAAAUCAUACUUUUGAUAACUUUAAAAAGAGUUUGAUCGUGGUCGACAAACAAAUACAAAUAUCUAGAUUAUCUAAGGUAUGCUCUAAUGGAGUUUUAAAUUCUUUAAUGAAUAUUAGAAAAAAAGUGUAUGAUAAUCAAUAUUUCAACUCGUUAUCUCCAAGUUAUCACCCAGGUGCAUCAGCACCACCAAUUUCUUUUCAUGUAUUUGGUUCUUCGAAUGCAACAAUUAAAACUGAAAGAAUAUUAUUUAAUCCGAUUAUUACCCAAGCUUUAUCAGAAAUUCCUUGUCAAACACAAUAUAAUAUGCUAGUUAAUAAAAAGAUCCCACUAGAUCACUUCCCUGUUACUGGUUUGUACCCAGAGCCAUUAAACAAAAGUUUUUCAUCAUAUAUUUCUAUGCCAUCAAUGGAUAGAUUUAUUACUGAAUCUGCUAAAUUGAAAAGAUUGGAUCAAUUACUUGUUGAAUUGAAAAAGGGUGAUCAUCGUGUAUUGGUUUAUUUUCAAAUGACUAAGAUGAUGGAUUUAAUGGAAGAAUAUUUGACUUAUAGACAAUACACCUAUAUCCGUUUGGAUGGGUCAUCUAAGCUAGAAGAUCGUCGUGAUUUAGUACAUGAUUGGCAAACGAAACCUGAUAUUUUUGUUUUCUUGUUAAGUACUAGAGCCGGUGGGUUAGGUAUUAAUUUAACUUCAGCUGACACCGUUGUAUUUUAUGAUUCAGAUUGGAAUCCUACUAUUGAUUCUCAGGCCAUGGAUAGAGCACAUAGAUUAGGUCAAACCAGACAAGUUACAGUGUAUAGAUUAUUAGUGCGUGGCACUAUUGAGGAAAGAAUGAGAGAUAGGGCCAAACAAAAAGAACAUGUUCAACAAGUUGUUAUGGAGGGUAAAACAAAAGAGGAUACUGUAAAGACAAUUACUGAAGAUGGUAAGACCCCCGAAAAAGGAAGUAACUCUAAAAAAGAAACUAGUAAUGUAGAAGAUGAUGAGACAUCAGAAUCUAAUAAUUAG